CACAAAUCAAAACAUGACAACAUGGCGGCUUGCAUGAGUGAAAACGGUUCAGAUAGAAAACUUGAAUUCUUUCUAAAGGUCCCUUUCCCAUCCGAGAGAGAGGCAACUAUCGCCCUGCAGUCUCUAUCUCCUGACCCUGAGCCCAGGAAAGGAGGAAUCACUAAACACCUGGAUUUGUCAGGACAAACACUGUCUGUGAGAUGGACCGCAGAUGAAGCCCGUAUUCUUCGUGUUUCUGUAAGUUCAUUCUUGGACCAUUUGUCUCUAGUGAUGGAAACUAUGGAUGCAUUUGGACCGCCUGUUUCACAGUGACACUCUGAGAGGCAAAUACAAGCAUAAGAGGAGAAAUGCCGAUGCAGAUGCUGUUUGCUCUGUGUUAUGCGGAUGUCCAAGGGAAACGUCAUCUGCCAUGUGCGAGGACUCUCCUUUUGCUCUGUUUGAGAAGUGCAGCACUUCAUAAUGUCUUAAGUCAAUUGUUUUGAGUUGUGUUAAAGGAAUAGUUUACCCAAAAAUGAAAAUGUACUGAAAAAGUACUCACUCUCAGG